UCAAUGACGAAGAUGGCAGCUGAUGAUCAAGAGCAACAGCUUGUUCUCCCUAUUCUUCUCCUUCUAGCUUCACUCUUCAUUACUCUCAAAUAUUUUAGAUCUCCAUCUUCAAAACAGACCAAACUUCCACCAGGCCCAAAGCCAUGGCCAAUUCUUGGAAACCUUCUUCAGAUCGGCGAAGAUGCUCACGCUUCAAUGACUCGCUUCGCCCAAGCCUACGGACCUCUAAUCUCGCUCCGGCUCGGAGGUCAGCUCCUCGUCGUUGCGUCGUCUCCCGAUGCUGCCGCUGUGGUCCUCAAGACCCAAGAUCGGCUUCUAUCUGCUAGAUACAUUUUUCAAACGGUUCACGACGAAGCUCUUCAUCGUGAAUGCUCUUUUGUUUUCUCUCCCGAGUGCAAUGAUCGUUGGAGGAAGGUGAGGUCCAUUUGUAGAGCCAAUUUGUUCACGGCUAAAGCAAUAGACUCACAGGCAAACUUGAGAAGAAUGAAGAUGGAUGAAAUGGUUGAGUUCUUGGUGUCCAAACAAGGAUCUGUGGUCGAGAUUAGAGAUUUUGUGUUCACAACCGUUUUUAACAUUCUCUCUAACUUUAUCUUCUCAAGGGACUUGUUUGAUUUCGUUGGUGAUGGAUUCAAUGGUAUCAAAGCAUCUUUGAAGAAGAUGGUGACUUUGGGUUUGACUCCAAAUUUAGCUGACUACUACUCCUUGUUGAGAAAUUUAGAUCUCCAAGGUCUUCGGAAGAAAGCUACAAUCUACAGGAAGCAGAUAGAUUCCGCAUGGAAAGAGCUUAUUGACGAAAGAAGAAAAAUCCAUCUUCAAAAUUCUCCUAAUUUUGUUGCGCGUGACUUCUUGGAUGUCUUGAUUCAAAGUCAAUUCAACGAUGAGCAAAUCAACCAUUUGAUUGUUGAAAUUUUCUUGGCUGGUACGGAUACAACUACCAUGACGGUGGAGUGGGCAAUGGCAGAGAUGCUGAAGCAGAGAGACAUAAUGGCAAAAGUGCGAGAAGAGAUGAAAAGGGAAAUAAAUAACCAAAGCACUGUUGAUGAAUCCAAAAUCUCUCAGCUCCAUUAUCUGUGGAAGUGUGUGAAAGAAACUCUAAGACUACACCCACCAGCACCAUUUCUUCUUCCUCGUGUAGCUCCAACAGAUUGUGAGCUUAUGGGAUACUCAAUUCCAAAAGACACUCUCAUUUUUGUCAAUGUUUGGGGAAUUGGAAGGGACCCUUCACUUUGGGAAGACUCCUUAUCAUUCAAUCCUGAAAGAUUUACUGAUUGUGAUGUGGACUUUAAAGGUUAUGAUUAUCGAUACCUUCCAUUUGGAGGAGGGAGGAGAAUCUGUCCUGGACUUCCAAUGGCGUCUGUGCAAAUUCCUUUAAUCUUAGCCACCUUAAUUCACAACUUUGAAUUGUCUCUUCCUAAUGGUCAGGAUUUUUCAAAGCUUGAUUUGGAUGGGAAGCUAGGUGUAACAUUGCAGAAGAAAAAACCUCUCCAACUCAUCCUUCAAAAGAGGUUAUGAUAUGACCAUCUCCCAUGUCUUGAUGAAAUAAAGUGUCUUUUUUUAGCCCAAGUUGCUCAUGCCCCCUCUAUUUUAUAUUUGAAUUAAUAAAGGUCAAAUUACAAUUUUCGUUCUUA